CUCAUUUUCACGUUUUCAAAAGAAACGAAAAAGAUUUUAAAUCUGUAACAAAGUCUAUUCACCCCCCCUCUAGACUUUGUAUCGCACCACUUUGGGACCACCAAUUGGUAUCGGAGCCAGGUUCUCACUAUCUACGUUUAGAUUAACGAGAAGCGAUCAAAAUGGUGAACACUAUGGAUCACGGUUUGCCCAAGUUUUCUCUUCUAGGUUAUGAUGAUUGGAAGAUCAUGAUGGAAGCACACCUCUACGCUCUACAUGAUUGCAUGUGGAUGGUGCUUGAGGAUGGACCCUUGAAAAUCCAAAUAGAGAAUCCUGAGAGGAAUCCAGCAACUCCAGACAUAGUCCAGUACAUUCCAAAGCCCAAGGAAAAAUGGGAUGAUAGAGAUUGCAAAAAGCACAAUCUGGAUAACGUCGCCAAAGCAGCCAUCUUCAAGACACUUGACCCCAUCACCUUCUCCAAAAUUAAGCACCUUAAGACUGCCAUGGAGAUAUGGCAAGGUCUUGGGAAGCUAUAUGAAAGAUUCCACAAAAUCUUGAAUGAUCUUGCAUCACUUAACCACGUUCUUUCUCCCAAAGAAAAGAAUGUAAGGUUGCUGAGAUCUCUUCCAACUGAGUGGUACACCAAAGCCACAGCCAUGGAAGAAGGAAGAAAUCUGGAGAACUACACUGUCCAAGGAAAGAAGUAUGAAGAAAGAUACUGGCUAUAUUAUCUGUCUACAAAAGGGGAAAACAGAGCUGGCACUAGUGCCACUGCAGAAGAAAGCUCUUCAGAUAACAUCCCACUCAUCCAUAUGACGAAGACUACCAAAAGGAAGAAAGUGGUGUCUCCCUCCAUUGAAGCACCACAGAAUCUUGCUCCAAUAAACCUUGAAGAAGAGGAAGAAUCCUCUGACCAAGGAGAACUUCAAAGGAAGAAGAAGAGGAAGAUCAACUCCCCCUCAACAUCUGGAAAUGUCAAUCCGGAUGAGUUGAAGGAAAAGGAACCUGCUGAGGAAACAUCUGCUCAGAACCAGAGCCCUCAACAAUUUGAAGAAGAAAUUCCUCAAGUCCAAAGCCUUCCAACCUCAUCUCAGCAUCAAACAGAUGAUGCAAAUAACCAAUUCUGGCAGCUAUACUAUGAUUGGAAAGCCUGGAAAGUUGGAAAUUCCGUAGAGCAACUGAUUUUGGAUGACUACUGGGUAUGGCAAAGGAACCCUGAAGACUUGCAUCUGGAAUACCUGGCCAAUACGCCAGUUUCAGACUGUGAAGCAGAUGAUGAAGACACUGCAGUCUUCAAGCCAGUCUUCUCAAAAGCUACAGAAGAUCAAGUGGCUCUCACUUCUGAAGCAACAGCUGAGGAUUUCCAAACAUUUCCGAAAACCUCACCUGCAUUUCAGGAAACUUCACAUGCUUCUGAAAUGGUUCUGACUGAAGUUGUUCAAGAGAAGGCAACCCCUCCCUCCCAAGAACAGAACCAGGAAACAGCAGAUGAAGAAGAAUUUCAGCCGCUAAUCCAAUCUCAAGUUUUGGAGAUUCUCACCACUCCUUGUGAGAUCUCCAAUCCUACUGAAAUUGAGAUCCCGGAAAAGUCAGCUGAAAUUUCGGAACAGUCAGCUCUUCCAGAAACAAUGGAGCAAGCUGUUGAAGCACAAAGGAAUUCUAGAGAAGCUGCAAAAGAAACUCAAAUGGCAGAACUAGAGGUCUCUGAAACUCAAGUAGCCAUUUUUGAAGAAGAGAAUACAGCUGAAGAAAGGGACUCCCUCUCUAGGGAUAUAUCAAAUUUUGUGCUUGAAACAGAAGGAGAAUCUGAAAGAACACUGAAGGUUACUGAUGAAGAAGAUGUCCAAGAAGAUGCUGAAUCUCUUCCUAUGCAACUCUUCCAAAGAACACCAUCAUCUCAUCAGGUCCAAGGGUUGAUCGAAUCAGCCCUAGCAUCUCAACAUGCCUCCUUUAGGCAAGAGAUAGAACAAAUGGAAGUCAGGCACACCCAGCUAAUAGAGAAAUCUGAAGGAAAACACAGCGCAGAUCUCAAAGAAAUAAGCAAAUCAGUGCAGAAGACUCUGGAGAUUAUCUCUCUAUUGAGUGAAACUCUAAGCAACACGAUGGAAAUUUAUGCCUCUGACAGUCAGCUUCAUCUCAAAGAGAUCAACAAAGUCAAAGAGCAAAUAGCGAGUGUCACAAUUAGUCUCCAAAAACAGAUGUCCCUUCUCCAAAUGGACAUCAGAUCAGCCCUAGCAGUAGCUUCUGCGAAUCAGAUAGUAACCAAAGACUACUUGAAGGUGAUCAUUGACAAUCAAAAGGAAGCAUACAAGCUGUUCAGACUUAUUGGUGCAAACUUUGGAAACCUCAAGAUGGAAGUAAUUCUCCAACAACACAGUCCAUCUCCAAUACCACAGCUCCCUAUUGCAAUCAAAGAAAGAGAAGUAUCUUAUAUUCCUUCUCAUCUGAACUUGACAAAUCUAAUCCUUGAAGCACAGCAAAGAAAUCCGGAAAACUCCGCACAACUUCUAUCCAGCUCAGGACUGGAUGGAACAGAAGUUAUAGGUACAGUUGUUGACCACUUCUCAAAUGAUGCUCAAUCAGAAGAAAGACGUGAAAAUUUAAGACGCAUCAAAGAACUGUGUGGGAACAUGAAGGGCAUCAGUGAAGUUGCCGGAUCUUCAAAGCGCAAGAGACACUGAAGGUUCUUUACAUCAAAACAAAGGGAAAGGGGAAUGUAAUUCAGGGGGAAACUUAACUAGUUUUGGCUAACAAUUGUUUUUGGCAAUGAAUUAUUGAUAAGCUC